AUGAGUGGUAGUUCGACACAUCCUACCGAGAACGCAGGGCUGCCUGUCCAAGAACCUCCUCUUUCGCCAGGUCACGCUGCUGACCUAAAGACUAUCCAAGUCUUAACAGAAGAAGCCACCAAAGACUUCAUUUUACAAGAUUAUGAAAGUGCUGUUACCAAAUUUUCAGAUGCUUCUGAAAUAAUUGGCCAAUAUUAUGGUGUUGAUUCGGAAGAGUAUGCUGAAGCCCUAUACAAGUAUGGUCAUGCUCUCCUUGAAAACUCUCGAACUCAAAAUGCUGUUCUUGGACAUCAAGCAAUUCCACAAACUUCCGCGACAGAUAUUCCAAUAGAUGAUCUUCAGGUCAAUACUUCACGUUUUCAUUUUGAAGGAGAUGAUGAAAGCGAUGGUAGUAAAACUGAAAAUGGUGAUAAUGUCGAUUUUCAAGCUGACGAUGCGAAUGCAUCUGAAAUAUUAGAAGAACAGGGAGACGAUCUUAGUCUUGCGUGGGAAAUAUUAGAAUAUUCUCGUGAUAUAUUUUCUCAAAUUAAUACAGAAUUUGCAAAGAGAUCUCUUGGUGAAGUUUAUAUUAAAUUGGGCGAUGUUUCUCUUGAAAAUGAAAAGUUUGAUCAAGCAGCGAUUGAUUAUAGAGAAGAUAAAUCCAAUCAAGACGAGGCCAUUAUACAUGUACAAAAGGCUAUAGAAGUAUUAAAUAAGCGCAAGGAAAUUCUGCAGUCACGGUUGAAUGACUACCAGGAAACGUGUGGUAAAGGAAAAAAAAUAGCUACAGCCGAUGAUGAUACUGUACUAAUUGACAAAGAAAUAAAGGAUAUUGAUGAAUUUCUUGUGGACAUGGAAUCCAAAAUCGCAGAUAUUCAGGCAAUAAAACUUUCUCAGGAACAAACAACUCCGAGACCCAGCGAUAUUGCGCUUGAGGAAUACGUGAAACUACUUUCUUCAUGCGAAUCUUCCUCUGGCGCUAUAGAUACAUCGUCAACGACUCCCGUGAACGAUGUAACAUCACUUAUCAAAAGAAAGACGGUUAAUAUUGAUAAUAUGACCGAUUCUUCCAAAAACAACACAACAACUGAUACACCGAUACAAGAAGAAAAGAAACGAAGAGCAGAAUCGAAGACUGAUAUAGAUGAAUAUGAAGGAGAGAAUGAAUUGAGUCCGAAUAAGAAAGUCAAACAGGCGCUUUAA